GGCCCUUUUCAGGGCCACAAUUUAUUUCAACAACGGACACUUUCGUUUAAUCCUUUUUUAUCACCAAGUUCUUUCUAAACGCUAAAAUGUAUUCUAUUGUAAAGCAUCACAGCUGCCAAAUAAACUGGAGGAACACCAGUAUCGACACGUUUUCAGAGUAAUUUCCAUUUCACGUUUAGAGGAAUUCGACCAACAGGAAAUUUUAACAUCUUAUGAACUGACUUGGAUGUUUCAAGCACGACAAAAUUUUCUACCAAAGUUUCCUUUACGAUUAAGAUUCGAAGGCCCUGUUUUAAAUAUGUAUAUAUCUACAUUUAUUUAUUUAUAUAAAUAUAUAGAUACGAUUAAACGGCAGCACACCUGCACCAAUCGCAGUGUUUCUUCCCCCCUCCCUCUGCGUUGUGCCGAUUUUGAUUGGUGCGCUUCGUGCUAUUCCGUUUUCUAAUAAAGGCACUGAGAAAGAAAUACACUGCAUUCACCAUCAACGCUUAGUUUUGUGCUAAAUUCUCUUGUGGUAUAUUGUCGUUAUGCCGCCAAAAAUUAGUGGGAAAGCAGUGAAAAAAGCCGGCAAGGCUCAGAAGAAUAUUAGUAAAGUUGAGAAAAAGAAGAAUCGUAGAAGGAAGGAGAGCUACGGUAUUUACAUUUACAAAGUUCUGAAACAAGUUCAUCCAGAUACUGGUAUCUCCGGUAAAGCCAUGAGCAUUAUGAAUAGUUUUGUGAAUGAUGUAUUUGAACGUAUUGCGGCUGAAGCAUCUCGUCUGGCUCAUUAUAACAAACGAUCGACGAUUACAUCUCGAGAAAUUCAAACUGCUGUACGUUUGCUACUUCCUGGCGAGUUGGCGAAACACGCUGUGAGUGAAGGAACCAAAGCUGUUACGAAAUACACCAGCUCAAAGUGAACGAACGCUAUUCCAUUGACUGCUAUAUGUAUAUCAUUCUAUUGACCGGCCCUUUUCAGGGCUA